UAAAAGUGGGGGGGGGAGAGAGGUGGGGCGACCCCGGCAGCUGUUUUCAUGACAACCGCUUUAAAGGCGCCGAGCAGAGGUGGGCGACUGUUUGGACUGACUUCCACCGCGCACCGUUGACAGAAAAUCUCUCGGGGUUAAAACUCUGGGAGAUGCUGCUGGGUGCCCAGAUGUUAGCCUGCAAGUGUUGCCAAAGGUGCAGAGUGUCCUCCCGGAGGUUCUCCACCGCGUUGCACAGAUUCAGUAGCACCACCUACUACGCUGUUCUUGGGAUCAAACCAGAUGCAACACUUGAAGAGAUCAAGAAGGCUUUCCGUGAGCAGUCAAAGAAGCUCCAUCCAGACAUCGACCUGGCCAACCCCAACCUGCACGCCCAGUUCGUACGGCUGAACGAAGCGUACAGCGUGCUGAGCAAGUUCAGCAGUCGCGCGGAGUACGACGCAAAGCUGAGGAUGCAACGGCGCGCCCCCUUUGGAGAACCGUUCGAUCCGCGGGCGCACAGCAGCAAGGACGACCCGUUCUUCUACCAUGUCAACCCAACCUCAAGCUACGGCUUCAGCAAGUCCGACGAGCAGCGAUACUGGGAGCAGUUCCGGUACCCAACGGAAGAGAGUGACGCCUAUCGGGGCACAAGGAAGCGCAAGAAGAAUCUGAAGGCCUUUGGUUACUGCGUCUUCAUUAUGUUGGCUGGAGUAUUCAUCCACUACGUUGGCUUCAGGAAACUUGAAGAGGUUCACAGUAACUUCAUGGACCAGAAGGACCGAGUUAUCAGAGAGAUCUAUAACGAGUCCAAGGAAAGAGCAAGGAUGAACGGCUUCAAGAAGCAGCAAGAGAUCCUUCGGCAAAAGCACGCGGACUUCAUGGAGAAGUACAGGGCAAAGAAGCAAGGGGACGCUGAUAAAUAAAGCACACUCCAGGGCAAACCGCGGUCUCUGUGCCUGUCUCCAGUGGCAUCCCCCUGUUGUACCAAAACUGGCUUCCGUUCAACUGCGGACAGCACAGUGCACCCACUUUACAAUAUAAAUUCUCUGAUUCUCAGAGUCACAA